AUGUCUUUCGUGCGUACGACGGGAACGGGUCCUGCCACCGGUGGCAAUGCGGAAUCCGUGCAAAAAUUUGUUGAAGCAUUGAGAGCGGAUUUCAAAACACUUUCUUUGGAAACCAAAAAGAAAUAUCCCCAGAUUAAAGAGUCAUGUGAAGAGGCAAUUUCCAAACUCUCAACAGCCGGCAGCAAUCAACAACAAUCCGUCUACUAUACAGUCAAUCAGAUAUUAUAUCCAUUGGUACAAGGAUGCGAAACGAAGGAUUUGAAAAUUAUCAAAUUUUGUUUGGGUAUGAUGCAGCGUCUUAUCACCCAGCAGGUGGUCGAUCAAAAAGGUGCUCGCUAUAUCACCGAUGCCCUAUGGAUGUUGAUGGAACACAAUAUUGAAGAAGUUAAAGUUUUACAAACGGUUACUCUGUUAUUGACCACAAACACAGUCGUCCAUGGUGAUACCUUGGCCAAGUCAUUGGUGUUGUGUUUUCGUUUGCAUUAUACGAAAAAUUCCACGAUUGUUAAUACAGCUGGGGCCACAAUACGUCAAUUGGUAUCGUUGGUAUUUGAACGGGUCUAUUUGGAAAAGGAUUCGCUAACGAAUCUUCAGCAAAGAGAUGCAUCUGGCAAUGUUGUGGAAAUUGAUGCCACCGACACAAGUAUUACAAGUGUUGGCGGUAAUAGUGGUGGUGGUGGCGGCAGUGGUGUAUCAAGCUUAUCAGGCGGUCCCAGUGAAAUGUCAACAUUUGCUUCAGAUGCCUUUCUAUUGUUUCAGGAUCUCGUCCAUUUGGUAAACGCCGAUCCACCAUUUUGGCUUGUUGGUAUGAAUGAAAUGACCCGCACCUUUGGCCUCGAACUACUCGAAGCGGUAUUGACAAAUUUCAGUGCAGUUUUUCAUGAAAAUCGUGAUUUCCGACUGCUUCUCAAAGAACGUGUCUGUGCUCUGGUCAUUAAGCUAUUCUCGCCAAAUGUCAAACAUCGUUCAUUGCCCACACAAAAUGCUAAUGGCAAUACAACAACAACAAGUGAUAAACCAUAUUUCCCCAUUAGUAUGCGUCUGUUGCGUCUAGUGGCAAUUCUCAUACAAAAAUAUCAUACAAUAUUGGUAACGGAAUGUGAAAUCUUCCUAUCGCUAAUCAUCAAAUUCUUAGAUCCCGAUAAGCCACAUUGGCAACGCGCUUUGGCACUGGAAGUAAUUCAUAAGUUGGCCACAAAACCAUCAUUGGUUGCAUUCUUUUGCAAGUCGUAUGAUUGUAAAAAUCAUGCAACAAAUAUUGUACAGGAUAUGAUAUCGGCAUUGGGUACAUACGUUCGAUAUUCGUUAAUUAAUUCAGCAGCAUUACUUAAUGGCCAACAAAAUGGUGCUGUUCAAUUGAAUACUUUGACGGCACAUAACUCGAAUAAUCAAUGUGGUUUCGUUUUUCGUGGAGCAUAUAUGCCAUUGGUGGCCACAUUCCCACCUGGUAUAUCUAAAGCUGUUUAUCUCGAAAUGCUGGAUAAACAAGAGGCUCCUCAAAUUCCCGAUAGUUAUGGUAUUUCGGUAGCAUAUGCUGUUCUAUUGGAUAUAACUCGUUCCAUUGGUGGGGUCAUUCAAAGAACUCCAGAAAUGCACCCCACACACAACACCGCUGUCAUAACGGAAGAGGAACAUAAACCACUAUGUCUGCAAUUGAUCAAUUCCAGCUGGUCUGGUUUAUUAUCUGCAUUUGUGCCACUUGUUGAUGCGUCCAUUGAUGAGGCCACUACCGAUAAUAUUCUCAAAGCUAUGCAAAAUUAUGCCGCCCUCUGUGGCAUUAUGGAUCUUUUGAAUCCCCGCGACGCCUUUAUUAUGGCCAUUUGUCGGGCCUCUUUCCCACCCCAUUAUGCCAUGUCGAUAUUUGCCAAUAAUCCUCAUAUGGAUGUUGAUCUGCGAUGUCAUACCCGAUCGAAUAGUCAAGAUUUGAAUAAUCAAUUUAUGAGUUCAUGCAAUGAAGCGGGCGAUUUUCGUCAACAAAUUGUUGCUGUAGGCACUCCACUGCCGAGCGCCUCCUUGCCGCAUAGUGUAAUGCAGGCACCGGUUAUGUUGACGACGAAAAAUUUGCAAUGUAUGCGUGCCAUUUUGUUUUUGGCCCACAGCAAUGGUAGCAUAUUAGGUACAUCAUGGCAUAUUGUUUUGCAGACCUUACAACAUUUGGUUUGGAUUUUGGGUUUGAAACCAUCGACAGGGGGAAGUUUACAGGCAUUCCCUAAACCAGCCGUUGAGGCGAAUGUGGGUAUACAGACAGCGGUUAUGGCCGAUUUGCCAGUGCUAUCACAAAUGCUAAGUCAGUUGUUUGAAUCGAGUCAGUAUUUGGAUGAUGUGGCUUUGCAUCAUUUGAUUGAUGCUCUGUGCAAGCUAUCACAUGAGGCCAUGGAAUUGGCAUAUGCUAAUAGGGAACCCUCAUUAUUUGCGGUGGCCAAACUAUUAGAAACUGGCCUUGUUAAUAUGCCACGCAUAGAGGUGUUGUGGCGUCCUUUGACCAAUCAUUUACUGGAAGUGUGCCAACAUCGUCAUAUACGUAUGCGAGAAUGGGGUGUGGAAGCCAUUACCUAUUUGGUUAAGUCGGCAUUGCAAUAUAAGCAUAGCCAGCCGUUGAAGGAAAAUAUGAAUCUUCAAACGAUGCUUUUAAAUCCUUUGUCGGAACUAUCGACAGUACCACAUGCGGAUGUACGCCAACGUCAGCUAGAUUGUGUUCUACAAAUUCUCAAUGGUGCUGGAGAAAUUCUAUCAUUUGGCUGGCCUGCCAUUAUUGAAAUUAUUGGAGCCGUCAACGAACAUCAUGGAGAGCCAUUAAUACGUACUGCAUUCCAAUGUCUGCAAUUGGUUAUUACCGAUUUCUUAACUGUGAUGCCAUGGCGUUGUUUGCCCUUGUGUAUUUCGACCGCAGCUAAAUUUGGUUCACAAACCCAGGAACUGAAUAUUUCUUUAACAGCAAUUGGUUUAAUGUGGAACAUUUCUGAUUUCUUUAAUCAAAAUCAAGAUAAAUUAAUGUCGGCCCAGGUGGAUGAUAGCACAAUAUUGCCUGAUUUUCCCGGAACUGUUAAAAUGCCACAAUUUGAUAAAUUGUGGAUGUGCUUGUAUGCCAAACUGGGUGAACUUUGUGUUGAUUCUCGUCCUGCUGUACGUAAAUCUGCUGGGCAAACAUUAUUCUCAACAAUUUCGGCCCAUGGCAGCCUGUUAAACCCUCCCACAUGGCAGGCUUUGGUGUGGCAAGUUCUAUUUCCACUGCUGGACAAUGUGCGUGCCCUUUCCAGUUCGGCCAGCAAUGAAAAGGUGGAUGCGAGUGGCAACAUACUAAUACAUCAUUCCCGUAAUACAGCUCAAAAACAAUGGGCUGAGACACAGGUUUUAACUUUAUCCGGUGUUUGUCGGGUCUUCAACACAAAACGUGAACUGAUACAAAUGUUGGGCGAUUUCGAUCGUGCCUGGUCUUUAAUUUUGGAAUUUAUACAAAAUGCUGCUCUAAGUAAAAAUGGUGAAGUUUCAUUGGCUGCUUUGAAAUCUCUGCAAGAGAUAAUGUAUCAUAAUUCCGAACCUAAGGCCAUUAACAAACCGGAAUCAUCAUCAACAACUGCUGGUAGUGAUAAACCCAAACUAAAAGAUGAGGAAAUUUGGAAUAUUGCUUGGAAGAUUUGGUUAAACAUCGGCAUGGAGAGUACCAAAAUGACAAAAUCUCAAGAAUCAUCGCAGGAUGAAUUUUAUGUACCCAGCCAAGCGUACUUGACAGCAUUAAUACAAAUCUUUCCCGCAAUAUUUCAACAUAUACAAAAAAGAUUCAAACAAUCCGAUUUUGAAAAAUUCUGUACAGUAUUGACUAACGCCGUUUGUAUACCCGUACAAACCGAAGCAGUUCCUUAUAUAAUGUCCUCAGUGUCCGAUUCAUUACUAACGCCAUUACAUGAUAGUAUACUCGAAUGUAUGGAACUAAUCCAAAAGGAGGCUACCAAAGAAGAUUCCAAUUUAAGUCACAUGAUUCCUGCAAUAUUCCGUCAAUUACUGGUAUUCAGUAAAUUCGCCUGUACACCUCCAUCGCUGCAUAUUGGAGAACAACAUAGUAAAUAUUCCAAGACAACGAAUCACUAUGGCGGAAAUAAUAGUUCUAUCGAAGUUGUCAGCAUGAAUUAUAUACCAUUUGGUGAGAAAUCGAUUAGUAUUUGUGUAAAACUAUAUCAGUGUACGGCUACCGAAGAAUCUGUAAUGCAGGAACAUAUUUUGCAUGAAAUAAUUAAGGCUUUAAGAACUCCCUUGGCCAUGAAAUAUAAAUGCUUAUCUUCGAGUACAUGGAAAUUGGCCAUUUCAAGUUUAAUCACUGUACUGCACACAGGUCUUAAGGUGGCCAGAGCGAAAUCGAAUUACUUCACCGGCAUGUGGGAUGAUUUAGCUGAUACUCUUGAUAAAUUCCUAUUUCCUCAAAGUGUUUGCACCAUUGAAGAUCGUGGCCUUGAAGAAAUCGUCUUGGAUGAAACAAUCGACUGUCAAGUUAUUGAACUAUUACGUGACGAAGUAUUGCCUUACGCCCAUGAAAUGCCUCAUCAAUUUAUAAUGCAAAUUGUUGUACUACUCAACAAAGGUUCCAUACAUUCCGCAUCUGAUUCGAAUAUUUGCUAUGAAUCUGAUUGGAAAUUGCGUGAAAUAUUUGCCAAAACAUGUUUCGAAACUCUGCUGCAAUUUUCCUUGCUAGAUGAUAAUUGUAAUAAUAAUCGAUCGUCGUCGUCCUCGGUAUCGACGAGUACAGCCAGUCCAUCGACAGCUGCGGCAAAUGCAUUAAAUGCCAAUAUUGCCAAUGCUGUCGGUGGUGCUGCUGGUGGUAAAGAUUUUGCCGGACGUUUAGCUGUGACCGCAUUGUUGCAUCGUUUCCAAGAAGUAUUAAAACGUUUCAACGAUGAUGAACGUCAAAGUGGGAAAUGCCCAUUGCCAAGAUUCCGUCUAUCGGAAAUUUCAUUUGUUUUAAAAGCCAUUGCCACAUUGGUCAUAUCCAUGAAAAAGGCGCCUGCAUCUAAAGUUAAUAAACCCGCCUGGGAUCAAUUAAUUGGUCUUUAUCCAUAUUUGGUGGAUUGUACAACAACAACAUCACCCGAAGUUUCGCGGUCAUUGAGGGAGGCACUCUUACAGUACACCGAUUUGUUGCAUGCACCAAAAUGUUUUAACAAUAACAACAAUGUCGACAAUACUGCAACAUCAUCUAACAUUCAGUGUGUCACUUCAUCCUCAAAUGAACAGCAGCAACAACAAACGAAUGGUCAAGAGUAA